CAGAGAAACUAACAAACUCACUCGUGAGGCUGUGGCGAUGCAACCCACAUCUGGUGGCCUGGCACGGUUCCGCUCAACUCCGGCGAGCUGGUUAGAAUCACUUCUUCUUAAGGAGGAAAGCGAAGGCGAAGACCCAUUGAGUUUCACUCAGCUUCUUUCCAGUAACGCUGCUGGAACUUCAACAGGGAACUCUCUCUCUGCCUCUCAACAAUAUGAGGACGAUUACCACUACGAUAUUCAUGGCCAUGCUAAUCCAAUCUCACACAUGCAGGAAGUUGAGGACAGUGGUAAAGCACCCGACAUGAACAUGGACAAGAUUUUAGAGGAUUCGGUACCUUGUAGGGUUCGGGCAAAGCGUGGCUGUGCUACGCAUCCAAGGAGUAUUGCAGAAAGGGUUCGUAGGACUCGUAUCAGUGACCGCAUAAGAAAGCUUCAAGAACUUGUGCCAAACAUGGAUAAGCAAACAAAUACUGCAGACAUGUUAGAUGAGGCGGUAGCUUAUGUCAAGUUUCUACAAAAGCAAAUUGAGUUGAGUAACUUAAAAACAUUGCAGGAACUCUCAGAGCACCAGCAGAGAUGUAAAUGCAUGGUUGAAGACUAAAUUGCUGAUUGUUCGCAUAUAGUGGCUGACUGCUUGUGCAUUAUUUUAUGAAUUAUCAGACUUUUGGCUUUCUGAUGAAGAUCAAUACUACACUGGUUGCUGAUUAUAAAUCUUCAAUGUCUCGAGAUACCUUUGUUGAUGCAGUUUCUGUUACAUUCUUCUGCAAUAUAUACAUGUUAAGGGUGCCACUAUCAAGUUCAUGAAGAAUCAACUUCGAAGAGAAUUCCCCUUAGUGUGGUAUUGCGGUAAAGUUGUAUAGUUGUAGUGUUGUAUAACUUUUAAGAGAGACAAAUUUGCAAACCUAAUAGCUACUUGAAAUUAUCUUUUAUUAAGAUAUACAUAACCAACCAUAUGUGAAAUCUUUUGCAUCGACAGAGUCAGAUUGUGCCGAAUUACUCCAGCUAUAUAGCUGACAGGUUUUUGCAUUGG